CCGGGAGCUUUAUCACGGAGGCUCCCACACUCGGAUGGAUCUCCCAGAAGGUUGAUGGCUCAUACGCCGCGCCGAGCAUGAGGAUGGCCGUCCUCGAGCUCAACGGGACCACGGUCGCGGCUCUUGAAGACGCACGCAGCCGGGCAGAGCUGCUGCUCAGUUCGACGUGCGACGAGCGUCACGACGGCGAUACGUUGCGCGCCGAAGCGUGCAGCGACCUCAUCUUUGACGAGGGAGUCUGGCAGACCACGUACCGCAUGGCAGUUCCGGGGCGGCAGUUCGGCGUCUUCGCAGACAAUCUGCCUAUCACGUUUGAGCAGGACUCGCACUACCUCAAGACGCUCGACGGCGCGAACCUCGAGCCGAUUGCCGAGCUUCCAGAGGCGCCGGACGACCCUAUUCCGUGGGCGGAGGGCAUCGGCGCCGCUUUUGCUGUCAACUGCAUCACCUUUUCCGGCGUUGUCUUCUUGGGGCCCGGCCUGCGCAAGCUAUAUCACCGGCACGAGCGCCGCUUCCUGAUAAUCAUGUCGGCCUUCGCCGCGGGCGCGCUCCUCGCCGCCGCCUUCUACCUAAUCCUCUUCGAGGCGACCCACCUCGUCGGCACCUCCAGCAAAGACGAGUCGGUUGUCACCGCCCGCUGGGGCUCAAUGGUACUGCUCGGUUUCAUAGCGCCCUCACUCUUCGAACUGGCCGUCCAGCUCCUUCGCUUCGUCCUGGCCGCCAGCUCCGUCAGCGAAGGCGCUUCACGCCGCUCGCCCUCCCAAGACCCGGCUGGCCUACUGUCCACCUGCUGUUGCCGCAAGGUGGAGGCAAACGACCCGUGCCCGGUGGAACCGAAGUCCAUCACCGUCGCCGACCCCACGAACCGAAUUCGCGUCUUGAGCGGCGUUCUCAUCGGCGACCUGAUGCACAACUUUUGCGACGGCAUCUUCAUGGCCACUGGUUUCCGCUACUGCGGCAGCUCUCUGGCUUGGAGCAUUGCCACCGCGACCAUCUUCCACGAGAUUGCGCAGGAGCUCUCCGACUUCCUCAUCCUGACGAACUCCGCUCAGGGCGGCCUCAAGGUGCCUCUCGCCCUCCUCCUCAACUUCGUCUCCGGCACGGGCGUGCUGUGGGGCACCGUCCUCAUCUUUUCGGUGUCCAUUGACGACGCUGCUGUGGGCAUGCUCCUCGCCUUUGGCGGCGGCGUCUACCUCCAAGUUGGCGCGGCGGAGUGCAUGCCCCGCGUGUACGAGGGCGUGCAAAGCGCCGCCGAGCGUGUCUUCUGCCUCGCCGCCUUUUGCGUGGGCACCGUGGCAAUCGGUCUCGUGCUUCUCGACCAUCAGCACUGCAGCACCGCUGGUGCGGGGCACGGCCACUGACCCGGAGCUGGCCUGGGGGGGAUUGCGGGGCCGCGGUGGGUGGGGGACAUAAUCUUCUGCUACGGUGGGGGUCUGGCGCAGCGGGCACGGGGGAGGAGGCUAGCCCCUCAUGAGCAACGGGGGUGGCUAGCCCGGCGGUGGCGCACGGGCCUCGCAACCUCGUUCGUGGGGUAAGGUAAGGUAAGAUCUGCAUGCACAUC